GGACCCGCUGUGUCGGCUGACGUAUGAUAAAGACCAGGUAUAUGAAUUUUGUUUCGCAGAAUUCUAAAAAUAGUGUCCAUAAUGGCAACUCAAACGGAAUGUUUACUUCGAUUUAGGGGAGGUACGUAUGUCUCAUGUAGGCGGACGUUGAGAAUAUAAGUGAUUAAUACAUAUGUGAUAAUCAGUCGGAAUUGGAACACGUCUUGGUUUUCUGAAAAGUGUAGAGAGGUAUAUCAUCAUUUGUGGCGACACGGGGUGAACAGGAAGGAUGAUCAGCCGCAUUGAGUUAGGAAAAAGGAUUCUUGAGGAAAGGCCGGAAUCACGUGAUGAAUGGAUAACAGAUCAAUCAUUGGAAGGUGUCAAACUUGGAAAUUUCGCAUGGAAACGUCAACGAUAUUUUGUAAUGAGAAUGAUCCCAACAUUUGCGAAAUAUAGUUAUAAGGCAGCAUCUGAAACGUUGGAAGAAUAUCUUCAAGAUGGUGUUAAGUUCACAUUUAAUACUGAUCAUUCUAGCAUGUCAUUACCUGCGAAAACCUACGAGUACAAACACACAUGGACUCUUGAACUUAUGAACAUGUGUGGAUUGAACGAUCAACACAGUGAUAAGGGAAUGAUACCAGCUAUAGAUUUAACCAUCACCAGAAUCAAUAGAAGAGAUCUAGAACACAAUCUAAAAUCACGGAAACUUGACAUGACAUCAUCUUAUAUCAAAGAAAAGAAAAGAAACACGUAUAUCCCCUGCAUCAUCAGUGGAAUCGUUGAAGCCUCCACUCCUGAGGAUCAACCUGACACAAAGGCUUUUGAAGAAAGAAAGCGACAGAUUGGUGGAAACGUAAAGUUAGAUUCAUCUGUAGGGACCUCGGAUGUAUUGGACUCUGUUACUCCAAAGGGUAAUAUUGUAAGCAAGACAUGUGAAAGGACUGAGGGAUUCAUAAAUGGACCCGUUCUCUACAAGGUGUUACCGCUUGAGGUAGACCCGACUGGAUGCAUUGAAGCAAAGGAAGACUCUAAAGGGUUCAUAGAGAACAAGGUUGUAGCUGACUCAGCAAGCGGAAACUUCUCUAGCACGAUCCCUGAUCCCACGCUCAAAGAAAGCUUCAAUGAUAUAGAAAAACAUCUCCAGCCUGUAAUUGAAGACCAAUCUGUGGCUGAUGCAUUUAAAUCCAUUUCCAACGAGGACAUACAUUACUUAUGUCGUUUGUUUGAAAGGGUGCAAGACUGUCCGGACGAUGUAGAAGAGCCCGAUAAAAUGUCCUCAGAAUGCCGCACGAUUUUGUUAUUUGCGAAAUUUCAACCCAAGGAACCGGGCAAACUUGUCCUAAAAGAGAGGUUUCAAGAAGGCAAUUCCUUCACAAGCUGUUACUACCUAGCCGCUGUGCUGGCCGAGGUCCCUACGUCAGUCCGUCAACUUUUCAACCAGACCACUGUCAACUUAUUCCCUCUGCUCAAAGACAUCCUUCUUGAAAGACCUCGAAAAGAUAUUGAAAUUAACGAUGACAUCUUGAAAUGCAAUGAGGCCAAGGCACUUCUGGAAAUGUUAGACAUUUGUACAAAAGGGUCUACUGUCGACGCAGCUCCUGCAUCUCAGGCACUGUUGGUGAAUGCCGUCUGGAUAGCCAUGUUGUAUGGCUGGCAUAGUCGUAAAGAACAGCAGUGACUAUCUGAUACAGAGUUUCAGCAGAACUUUGUCAUUCCACAUUAAAGAAAGUGUGUUUGGUUUAUGUUUAAAUUUUACAGCUGAUUCAAGAAAACUUAACAAUUGUUUGAUAUUGACUUUUUUUUAAAUUCUAAACUUGGUGAAAUUGUUGACGAUGCACUUUUAUGAACAACGUAAAUUGUAUAAAUAAGGCUAGUUACAUGAACAGUAUCGCAAUUUAGGAGCCGAGCAUGUCAUUUAAAACCAUGUCAUUAUAUCUUGUCGCUGUUCUCUUAACAGUUUAUACGGAAUUGUUUCUAUCACUACUCUUGUAUUCUGAAAGGUGGUAUAUCGUAGACUGAAGUUAAGUUAUCACCGUAAGCAAAGUCUUUUUAGGAUACAUGUUUCACUUCCAAAGCUGCAAUAAUGCAUCGGUAAGCUUCGUGACCCGCCAUAUAGUUUAAUAAGAUCAUUUCUUAUUGAUUCACUCUGAAAAACAAAACAAAAGAAAUCUACAACAAUGUUUUGAUUUAAAUGUAGUGAAGUCGGACCAGGAUUCGAGUCCUGCUUCCACGAUCUGUAAACUGUUGCACUUACCGAACUAAAGAACUGCAUCACUAGAAGUUCCCCUGCCAAGUCGCCCUAAAAAUGAAUCCAAACGAAAUUAAGGCGAGGUAACUGUGUAUAUGAAAAUAACAACAACAAUGGGACUCUCUAAUGUUUUUGCUUCAGUAGAACAGGGAUCUAUAAUUACAAAAAAAAAUAGUGCAAUGAUCUCAAUACCCUUCUCUUUUCUCUUUUAAGUUUGUCCGGUUCCUUCAGAAUAAACAAAUACAGUAAAGAUAAUUCAUUACCAUCUGAGUUUAACAAGGACACUCUUGUAAAAAUAACAAAUUGUUACGUGUCUUCAUUUUAAAUGAAUAAAAUAGGAAGUAAAUUUACCAUUUAUACAGCAUUGAUGUGUCAUUUAGACAUUAAAUUGCUUAGCAAUCUUUUCGAAAGGUAUGCUACAUUUUGAAUAUUAGCACAUACUGAAUUUUAAAUAUAAUGGUAUAUACAGUCAGUAAGACAGUAAGAAUAUUAGAAUACACCAAAUUAUAAAUAUAAUGAUAUAUACAGUCAGUAAGACGUAAUAUCGAGCGGUAUCAAUCAAAAAGAAAAACUGUAAUUAUUCUACUUAGUGUAAAUUAACAAGGUCGCAUAUAAUUUUAUUCGGCAAAAUGUAAUAAUCAGUUCAUUUGUGAAUCUAUAUGCAUUUUCAAUUGUAGUCUGUUAUGAUGUGUACGUACCUGGGGUUGAAAUUUCGCAAAUAGCAAAAUCGUGCGGCAUUCUGAGGACAUUUUAUCGGGCUCUUCUACGUCGUUUUGACAGUCUUGCACCCUUUCAAACUGAUUAAGAACCGAAAAAUGUUUUUGAAAAUUAUUUUACGAGAAACGUAUAAAAUACCCUUCAUUUCUGACAAAACAAAAAAUAAAUUAAGACUUGCAAAAAUGUUAUUAAGAGAUAAAUUUAUCAGAUUUAUUUUAAAUACAUUGUUUUUAACCAAUCAACUUUCUUUCUAAAACCUGUCAUGAAUAAAUUUUAAAAGUUUUGACUAAGAUAUAAAAGCUACGAUGAAUAAUAUUGUGUUUCACGGCCUAACACAUGUAACACCAACACUAGAAUUCAAAUCUGCAACAACAAAUAUUCAUAUCUUCAAAUGUCGUAAACGGCCUCAUAACUUGGCGAAAUUGAAAUACCACAUGCCGCACGAUCUACGAACAUAAGUAUGACCGGACUGUCUUAAGGAUACAAGCCCACUGCAGGUAAAACACGCUGUGGUUGUUCGUAUAUAAUAAGCAUCAACUUAUCUUCGUUUGGAUAUAUACGGAGCGUAAUUAGGACAAUAUACUAUCGUUUACCAGGUAAUUCAGUUGUUUCAAGCAAUUGUAUAACAAUUUGAGGUUCAUUGUUCGAAACAUAGUCUAGCCGUGCAGAACUGUACAAAUAGAACACUGCUGUUGAUUAUGUUUUGUGUAUUUCAUCUUUAAUCCUUUUAUUAAAGUUGCGCAAUGUAUGGUUUUCAUAAAUGAUAAUCAAAGCUAUGGUCAUGCCAGAAGAAAUGUAUUGUUCCAGGCUUGGACAGUGAGCAACAGGUCCUCACAUAGAAGCUGACUAUAAUUGCCCUACCAGUAUACCGCUUUGUCAAACCUCGGCCACUUUCAAUUAUAAAUGCCCACAUAUUUCACGGAUUAGAAAACAUAUGCCGUGACCCUCCUUACCGUAGACCCUUCAGCCAGCCGGGAACAUUCUGAGUUGUCAAUUAGGUAUUAAAAGGUCAACUUACCAAACGACAUAAGUAAUGUAUGUCCUCGUUGGAAAUGGAUUUAAAUGCGUCAGUCACAAAUUGGUCUUCAAUUACAGGUUGGAGAAGGAAACCAGAGUACCCUUAGAAACCCCAUGUUGCCUGACUUUAAAUAUUAGCCAGUUGUAUGUUGUAUUAGGGACAAUAAAGUAAAAGUAUCAUUAAAUUGAA